GAGUUUUGAAAACAUGGCAGUACUGCACCGCUAUAAUGACCCCGUUCAAUGCCGAGCGUUCUUGACGACUCUACGAGGACCUGCGCAAGAUUGGUUCCAUCAGUUACCUCCGGGAGCCGUCAGGGACUUUGAUGGAUUCAGCUCGAGUUUUUUGAAUCAAUUUGCAAGCGUGAAGGCCCAGGAAAAAUCGUAUCUUACUCCGAUAGGUAUGCAACAAAAGGAGGGAGAGUCGUUGCGAGAUUAUGUGGCGAGGUACACGCGAGCGUGUGUUGAUGUGCCUUCAGCCACUGAAGAAAUUAAAUCGGGAGGACUAACCAAGGGAUUGCUCCCAGGACUGGGCAGAAACUUUUUGGCGAAGCGACCGGGGAGGACCUUCGAUGAGGUCCUGGGGAGGUGUGCCAAAUGUAUGAAUGUGGAGGAAGCAGAAGCCGAUUUCUUGCAGGCGACAAAGGCAAAAACUCUCCCCGACCCCCGGGAAGAGAAGAAGGAUAAGAAGCCAAGUUCGGUGUUGGAAAGAAAAGGAUCCCCGAGAGUAGAGAAGGAGGGACGGUCAAGGGGGUGGAGGCCAACUCUGUACACCCCCUUGUCGUUCCCGAAUGCGAUAAUAUUGGAGGUAAUGGAAAAGAAAAUCUGUGAUGAUGUCGUCAGAUGGCCGCAGACGAGAAAGGAUGGACCAACAAAACCCAAAAGCAAUCUAUAUUGUCGGUUCCACAAGGAUUAUGGGCACAACACUGACGAUUAUUCAAAUCGGGCAAGAAAUGCAUAUGCUCGAGGGCGCUAUGGAAAAGUCGAGGUGCAGCAAGUUGAGGAGAACGGCCCGGUGAUGAAUUUUGGGCCAGCGAAUAUGGGCGAAAUCGAGAGGCCACAUAAUGAUGCUCUAAUGAUAACGGCCCAAGUGUCGUGUUACGAGGUGCAAAGGGUGUUCGUCGACACCGGGAGUUCGGUGAACGUGAUCUUCUAUAACUGCCUCAAGAGGAUGGAGCUAGAUCUUGAGUUAGCGCCGUUGCAUACCUCACUUUUUGGGUUCAAUGGAUCAGAAGUAGCACCUCUGGAAGAAACCACGCUCGCAGUCGUCCUGGGAGAAGGAGACCUGCGGAAUGUUAGGAUGGUGAGAUUCAUAGUGGUCGAUGUCGAUUCCGCCUACAAUGUGAUUCUCGGGAGGUCGGCGUUGACUGCAUUUCAGGCG